GUUCAUUCUGGAGCUCUGCCCGUCCAAACUCCCGCAGCCCAGGAGCUGGGCGCUCAGCCCGCCCCGGCGGAACCCGCCCCCCGCGGGGCCUCCCCCGCCCCCCGCCGCGCUGCCUGCACGGCCCGCUCCCACGGUGCGCGCUCGGGGUGAGGCGCUGCCACGGCCUGCGCCGCCACUCCGGCUACGCGGGGGCCCCGCGGGCGCGGAAGCGGCGCCCAGCCCGCGAUCAGCAGCGUGUGGCGUUCGUCCGUUCCCUCCCCUCCGGCGAUCCCAAACUCCCGUCCCAACGCGCUUAGUUCCUCCCGCCUCCCAAACCAGCUUCCUGCCCCGCUUCUCCCGCGCCACCCGAUCGCGGCCGGCCCGGGACAGCGGCGGCGGGGGCGGCCCGCGGGCGGCCCCGAUUGGCGCAGCCCGCGCACGUGGGGCCGCCCUCACGCCUCGGCGCUGGCAGCGCGGCGGCCGCUGCCGCGGGGCACGGCACGGCGCUCCGCUCCGCGCGGGUUCCGCGCACCGCUCCGGCCAGCAGAGGACCCGAGCCGGCAGGAAGAGAGCAUCAGUCUGCUAUAUCUGUGAUCUACAAUGAAUGCCAAAUCUGCAAUCAGCAAAGAAAUUUUUGCCCCACAUGAUGAAAGGAUGCUGGGAGCUGUCCAAGUGAAAAGAAGAACAAAAAAAAAGAUUCCUUUCCUAGCUACUGGGGGUCAGGGUGAAUAUUUAACAUACAUCUGCCUGUCAGUGACAAACAAGAAACCAGCUCAAGCAUCUAUUACAAAGGUGAAGCAAUUUGAAGGCUCUACAUCUUUUGUCAGGAGAACGCAGUGGAUGCUCGAGCAGCUCCGCCAGGUCAAUGGUAUAGACCCUAAUCGGGAUUCCCCAGAAUUUGAUCUACUAUUUGAAAAUGCUUUUGACCAAUGGGUAGCAAGCACAGCUUCAGAAAAGUGCACAUUCUUUCAGGUUCUACAUCACACUUGUCAGCGAUACCUUACAGACAAGAAGCCAGAAUUUAUCAACUGCCAAUCUAAAAUUAUGGGAGGAAACAGCAUACUCCAUUCAGCAGCAGACAGCGUGACAAGUGCUGUACAGAAGGCAAGUCAGGCUUUGAAUGAACGUGGUGAAAGGCUAGGUCGAGCAGAAGAAAAGACAGAGGAGCUGAAAAACAGUGCUCAGCAGUUUGCAGAAACUGCACACAAACUUGCCAUGAAGCACAAAUGCUGAGAUACUGCCCAAACUUGAAACCUUCCCAAGAGAAACUGAAAAGGCUACGUUCAGCAUCUUUUACAGGAGAUCCAGACUUCUGUGUGCUUUUUUCUUCCAGUUCAGUGGAGAUGCAUUCUUUCAGUUUCCGUGCAGGAAAAAGUGUUGCAUUUCUACGUUUUUGACUUUUGUUCCUCUUUUGUAAUAUUGCUACACAGUCCUGCAGUAUUUUCUACCUGUAUUUCAGUUGUUACAGGGGUGAAAGCAAACAGGGGAACUGGACCAAAUGACAAGCUGAUCAGGAUUAAAAUAGUAAUAUUCUUCCCCACUUGUACAGAAAAUUAUUUAACUGGUUGUGGACAUGUGUGUGGAAAUAAAAUCCAAAGAAGGGGUAUACUUUUCAUUUUAUGUAGCAUCAGCAGAAUGAGAAUGUUGGAAUUAUGCACCUGGGGUUGUAACUAGUGGAGAAUAGACUGCUUUGUCCUGAGAAACAGAAAAGCUUGUUUUUUCUACCCGAUGUAGGAAGUUUUGCAUGUGCCAUCACCAGCAUUCGGAAGUGCAUAUCUGAAUUUCAUAUCUGCAUACUGCAUACUCCUGUUUUCACUUCUGGAUUGAUUAUUUGAAUAGUAUAAUGAAACCUACAGAAUGUAUGCUUGAGGUUUCAAAAUUGAAGAGACAAGAUUUACAUCUAUGCGAACAUAGCUGUGCCUCAAACACAAUCUAGAAUUCCACAAUCUGAUAAUAACAUUUCAUCAUCUUUUUUACCUGUGAUUCUGUGGGUAAAGGCCUACAUAAAUGAGAAUGCAAAGGCCUGGGAAAAUGAGAAUGCACUAUUUUCCAACACUUCAGAAACUUGUGUGAUUAGAAUGACCUUUGUGUUAGCUAGUGAUCUGAUUUCUAAUAUAGAGGCUUUCAAAAAGCAUGUCUUGGUACAGUAGUAUCAUAACGUCUGGUUUGGGUCUCAGUUUUUAAUAUAUAUAUUAUCACUGGAAGGGUGACUCCUUCAUUCUGUAUUCACUAUAUGCAAUAUAUGCACUGUAUUCUCUUACAAAAAAAUAAGUAGGUUACUCUUUUCCUUCACCACUGUUUUCUUAACAUUUUUGAAGAUCAUCUAAGACACUUCUAGAGUGAAAAAGGGGGGAGGGGAAGGAUGCUGCACCUUUUUUUUUUUCCUUAAAAAAAAACCAAAAACAAAAACAAAAAACAAAAACAAAAACCCACAUAAACCCCCCCCCAAAAAAAAAAAAAUCCAAAAAACCACAGCAAUCUGGAAACAGAAAUCCUAGCAGAGAUUUCAGCCUUCAUCUUCUGAAGAUUCCUGCUCUUUAUUUUUGUCCUCAUUUUACCAGAGAGCCAGAAAGCUGGCAUUACAUGAAUGUACUGUAGUUUUCAUUUUCAAUGUAGAAUAAGAUUUUUGCAUUAUUAAUGACACUUUGAAAAGUCCUCAGAGCAGUGCUUGUAAGGGAGAUAAAAGCUUCUGUUAGUAGUUGAGAGUAUUUUAGUUACUGCAAGCUAAAGUAACUGAAAAUCUCUUGGAAAUACCCAUUUUGUAAAAAGAUGCUUGGCUGUACAAAAACAUUCUCAUUUGAAUUAAAGACACUAUCUAGUUAACUGAUUGCAUUCAAACUUUACAUCUGGUUUGUUUGGGGUUUUUUCCCUGUAAUUUGAACUGUUCUGUAUGAAGCUCUUUAUUGAAUUUCACACUGGGAAUUGAGGGAAGGAGUAAAUUUGUCAUCCCUCUAGCACCAUAGGAUCAUGUAGAUCUGUUUAGCAUCAGCUUUAAUGGUUACUACACCCACCACUGUCAACUGAAAAGGAAUUUGGCCACAUCUGUUAUAAAUCAGAACUGGCUCAUUAACAAUAUGAGUUCUGAACACUCCACUGAGCUACAUACAAUUAAUGUUUGCCCUGGAAAAGUCAGUAGCUUUCUGAGCACUAUUGUAAUGACUAUGGGUAUUUCCGCAAAUUAACCAGGAAAACAGUCCCUCAUUAGAUAUUAAACUUCUCCUAGAGACAAAAUUUUAGGCUGUUUUUUUAAAACUAGCUGCAUUAGAAAUGAGUCAGGGAGUCCUUUUUGACCACAUAGCUAUCUUCUGUCAUCCUUUCCACUCUUAGUUUUUGUAACUGUAUUCUGCUGCUAACCUCACAAGUCUUUCUUUUGAGAGAAAGAAGGAAUAGGUUUUGAACUGCUGCCAUCUAGCUGGUCUUUUAAGCUUGUCAGUAAUUUAGAAGAAAUGUCUAAAACCCAGAUCAGAUAAACCUGAAAAGAAUUAAUUGUCUAAAUUCAGAUAAAAAAGCAUAGGUUUUCAGGUGUUUACAUGAAUAUCAGCUGGACAGGCCAAGGUCACAGUUGCACUGUCAAGUUCUAGACCUUGUGUGAGCUGAACUAUUCUAAAACCUUACUUUAGUCCCACUGACAGUUUUUCAGCAUUUUUUUUUUUUUUUUUUUUAUAUUCUCCACAUGUGUUUUGUUAUGUAUCAUAACUCAGGACUUUUAUCCAACCAUCAAAAGCCAUUUUCUAUGGGAAUUUUGAGUAACCUAGUGUUAUUACAUGAAGGAAAAGUGGUUUGUCUGUGUGUUUACUUUGUUCUUGCUGUUCAUUAAAUGACAAGAUAUGGUAGUUUAUAGAAAAAAAAUUGGAGGUGUAUAAAUGUCUAUCCAAAAUCUUAUAGCAUUGCAGUUUCCUUCUGGAACUGAGCUUGUAGUGUAUACAACCUAGUGUUAUUAGAUAGUCAUGUAUAUAACAUAUACUAUAAUUCAGGUUAAUGUUUCAUAUGAAAGAAUGUAUUUGUAAAUUGUAACUACAUCAAUAGUUUAUCUUUUUAAAGUUCUGCAAAGAAUAAAAAUAUUGUUGGGUUUCACUACUGUACUGCAAACUCUGUCUUAAAAGGCUACUUUUGUGUUUAGCAAAAGUUGUGCAUUAUGUGAAAUAUUAACAAAAAUGUGCUCUCUAAAAAGUGAUCUUAAAGGUAGGUAGGUUUUGUUAUAAUAUGCCAGAAUCGUAAUACUUGCUGGUAUCUAUUGUAACCAAUUCCUUGAAAGUUCUCAAAGAUGUAGAAAUUAUUUUGUGCCGUUCUGGGGAAGAAAAAAAGCGGGACCGGCUCUCUUGAGUCAUUUCUGGAAAUCCUGAUUUUGUCAUUAAAUACUUUAACUGUGAUGAAAAGAAAA